AGCAUAAAACGCAUGGCCCAAACUUUUCUGGACUGCAAUGUGAAUAUGUACCAAUCUUAGGAAAGGACACUGAUGGAACUUAUUCUUGUUCAUAUUCCAUGCACUUUAAAGUAGUACAACGGACAGAAUAAAAUUGAUAUAAAAACUUCAUUUCUGUAAGCAGAAUAGCUCCUCCAAAAAGUAUAACAGCAAGUGUCAUCGUGUCGCUUAAACAAAAUUAGCCCACACUGCAUCCGAUUCCACUAUAAACAAUAAUUAAUUUAAUCAUGUAACAUAGUGCAGUAAGACUGAACCACAUAGUGCAGUAAGACUGAAUCAUUCGUAAAUACCAACAAAAUAACCUCCAGCAAGCAGGAUAGAGAAGCUACUCAAACCAUUUUUCCCUGGUGAUUCAUAAGGCAUAAAUUCAGAAUGACAUCUUUCACAAACUGAACAGAUCAGAUAGCAGAAUCGAAUGCCAGAAAGCUACAUAUAUGAUAAAAGGGUAACUUGCUUCAUCAAUGGGUGUUUGUGUUUAUCUCUAUACAUGCACACACACACUUAAACUGAAUUAAACCAGUAGAAUACACUGAGAGAAAAGUAAGGUGUACAUAGCAGUCACAGGUUGAAAAUCAAAAUGAAAAUUUCUAUUUGGGUUAUUGAUUCCAGAAUAGCAAAAGAUAGCAUCUUCUGUUAGUAGCCUUAAAGAUUAUUCUUUUGAUGUUUGUUCCUAGAUGCUAGAUUCUAUGUUUUCCCAUAUAAGGAGCACCUCGCAAGGCCCUCCUUAUCAACCUGAGAAGGCCAAAAGGGUAUCAACAAGCUUAAGGCAGGACAAGAGUGUGUUUGAGCUAGUCAACAGGAACAACUUCAACGUCUGAGAACAGAGAAAAGAGGCCACUGGAAAACAGAGCAGAUGUAUCACCAACAUCAAGGCCCGAGUGAGCUCUUCACUACAAGGACAUCCUUUCCAAUGGAGCAGCAUCUGUUUUUGCGUGGGGGAAAUGCCCAAGGAGAUUCUGGGCUGGUUCUCUCAACUGACGCUAAACCAAGGCUGAAAUGGACACCUGAGUUACAUCAGCGAUUUGUAGAUGCAGUCAAUCAAUUAGGUGGAGCUGAGAAAGCUACACCAAAAACAGUCAUGAGGCUCAUGGGCAUUCCAGGACUCACCUUGUACCAUCUGAAAAGUCAUCUCCAGAAAUACAGACUUAGCAAGAACCUCCAAGCUCAAGCGAAUGUCAGUACAUCAAAGAAUGCCAUAGGAUGUACAAACAUUGCUGAUAGGAUGCCUGGAACAAGUGCACCAACAAUGAGCAGUACAAAUGCCAUUCCACAAGCAGAGAAGACUAUUCAAAUUGGUGAAGCACUUCAGAUGCAAAUCGAGGUUCAGAGGCAGCUAAAUGAACAGCUUGAGGUGCAAAGGCAUCUACAACUACGAAUAGAAGCCCAAGGGAAGUACCUACAGGCAGUUUUAGAGCAGGCACAAGAGACACUUGGAAAACAGAAUUUGGGUCCUGCAAACCUUGAAGAUGCAAAAAUAAAAAUAUCAGAGCUGGUAUCACAAGUAUCAAAUGAGUGCUUCAGCAAUGCAAUUACAGAUAUAAAAGAAAGUUCAAGUGUGCAUAGAUUAGAGCCCAAACAAAUCCAGUUUGUUGAAAGCUCAACAAAUAAUUAUUUGACUGCAGCUGAAGGAUUCAUCAAGGAGCACAGACUACACCAUCAUGGAGUACUAAAAGCACAUGAUGAUAGUUCAUUAUUUUGCAGAAAAGGAUCUCAUGAACAUGAGACCCCGUUGGCCCUUAACAGAAGCUUAAGUGAACGUAGGAUGGCUCAUUUGCAGAUUGAGAACGGGUACAGUAAAGCAGAGUUAGGGUAUGAAAAUGAUACAGAGAUGGCACCUGAGUAUAUUGGACCUCCAAAGAAUGGUGGAGGUAGCACCAGCAGUUCGGCGUCAGGAAGCAAAGGAGACGCAGAGAAGCCAUAUCUCGAAGAACCAAACUGCACGAGACAGGCGGUUGAAUAUCCCAGAGAAAGCAAGCUACUAGACUUUGGGCACUCAUGUCCGGGGAAGAAACUUGACCUGAACACCCACAAUGUCGACGACACUGAUCAAGCUUACAGACAUUUUGAUUUGAAUGGCUUCAGCUGGAGCUGAUAAUAUGUAAGAUGAUCAAAGUGAAGAAAUGGAAUUACAAAUAAUUUCUUCCAGCAUUGAUGAGACCAUUGAUACAUGAUCAAACAACAUAUAUAAAGUGGUGUCAAGGCAUCAUUCA